UAAAAAAUUUAAUUGCAUAAAUGUUACGCGUAUGAGUAAUUGCAAGUAGUAAGAGAUAAAAAGAUUUCGUUAAAAUUGAAAGAAAGUAAAAGGACAUUGAGGUAAUAUUGAAGACAGGUGAAGAUGGAUUAUUACACAUUAGCUUAGGACAGUAGAAAAGUAGCGCAGCCAAUGCUGGGUUAGGUUAGGUUCAGUAACGCCCGCAAGCGUUUACAACAUUAAGAAUAGGAAAGAGGCAACAGGCUUGCGUUGUGUGAGCAGCGGGUGGGAGCGAGUACAACUGAUGAGUGAGUAGUAAAUACAAAGGUCGCGAGCACUUGGGUGUGGUUCACGUGGGAUCUUUUUCUCACAGUGUGCUGUCGAUGACUUUGUUUAGCAUUUGACACUUGGAGCUCGACUCUCCGUCAACGCGAAGCUUCGAAGACGAGAAAAACGCAGCUCCUCGUCACGAAGGGAACAGAGGCCAUUAAUUAGUAUUAAGAACGACUGCGUUUGUGAAAAAUGAAAAAACGAAGUUUAGCCGGGAACGUCGGCAUCGGAAUCUUCCUCGUCGCUUUGAUCUGUAUUUGCGUAGCUUUUGGCACACCCGCUUGGUUAGUUAGUGAUUAUCGGAUCACUAAUGCACAAUUGGACAUGCUUGGUCUUUGGAGACACUGUUUUAGAUCACUGCCUAACCCAAUGGAAGCUGAUGCUCCGAGGCGCUUUUUCGUCGGCUGCAGAUGGGUUUAUGAUCCAUUUACCACGGGCUAUUCGGAAAUCAGGGGCUUCCUCUUACCACCUUUUAUGGUAGCCACGCAAUUCUUUUAUACAAUUUGUUUCUUGGCAUUUCUAAUAACGUUGGGUCUAACGGUACUUUAUGCAACCUGCUGGGAUCCAGAGCAAAAGCAUUACGUGCAGCUUAUUAUAUCCAUUGGAGCUCUUUUAAUAUUUGGAAGUAUAAGCGGUUGUAUUUCCGUCAUAAUAUUCGCUUGCCUUGGAAAUGCAGAUGGAUGGAUGCCUGGUCAUACUAAUAAUUAUUUGGGUUGGUCGUUUGCAUUGGCUGUUAUUGGAAGUAUUUUAGGUCUUAUUGCCAGUCUUCUCUUUCUCGUCGAGUCGAAUAUACAGAAAAAGAAGAGGAAGAAUCUUAAAGAAUCUCAAACGAGAUUUCCACUGGAAUCUCGUACCUAAGUAUUUUACUUAUUUUUAAGUAUAUAUGAGAUACUUACAAAAUGAUCUGACAAGUCCGUCCAUUAAAAAUGUAUUAAGUAAUGAA